AUGGGCUGUCAUCCAUCGAAGAGUCAGUUCCAGCAGGAUGCUCAUUCGGACCUUUUCCGACCGCCGGCUCCGAUUCCCGUCGAGAUCGGCUCUGCCAUUCAGCACCAGUUGCGGAAGAGCUCCAAUUCGAUCGUAUUCAUUUUCGGUGAGCUUUCCUUUAUCGACUUUUGCCGAGAAUCAAAUCGGAUGACGAUCCGGUAAUUCGAUUAUCGGAUAGGGGGUCUUGAGCAAUUGCAUUCAUUCCCGGAAGAUUUUGGUAUCUAAUCAAAUCAAAACAGAAUUGAGCAUGUUCAGGAGGACCGGCCUCUCAGAAAGGGAUCAUCAUCCAGGAACUGACGAGCACAUUCAAUUUCAUGCUGAUCACUGUCGAGGACAUUGUAUUCCAGUACUUGCCGAAUAGGGUGAACAGCAUCGGAUUGGAGAUCAGAGAGAUUCAGGAGGCGUUGAAGGUUUGCCCAACUCAUUCGCGUAUUAUCAUGAAAAGUAUUCACAGAAAGACGAAGGAAUUCUGACCAUCGACUGGAUUCUGGAGAUGAUCUCGGGACGGAUGGCCGGCGCGACGCUCAACGAGAGAUUCGUGAUUGGUGAGUCCGAAAGACCGCCAAUUUCCGUCCGUUUCGGUUGCUCCGGAAAUGCUGAUAAUUGGUUGCAGAUAUCGUUCCGGCCGUCUCGUCUAUUCUGAGAGCCGACGGCUACAAAGCACGGAGUCACGACCGACAAUUGAACGAAUUCGAGAUGAGACAUCCGAUCGCAUUCGCAAUCGACGUAAAUGUGAAGGACGAGCAGUCCGUGCUCAGAGGGAACGAGGUGAACGGUGAGUCGGAGAAGGAAAAGGAUCGGAGAGAACGGAGAGAUUUCAGGGAGGGACGAGGACAGCAGGAAGGUGAAUCCCGAACUGAGCAACAUGUUGAGGACGCCGGACGACAUCGAUCGAGGCAAAUUGGAGGUGAGAAAGAAGACACGGCGACCAUGUAUACUUUCUUUUUUGCAGAAGCGGAUAGCCGAGUAUCACACGUGCGCCGAGCCGUUUCUCCAGUACUUCCGCAAGUCGCAUCGGGUCGCUCGCAUGACUUUGACGAGCGAGGCGUUCCCGAAUGUGGUGAACACGACACGCGAAACCAUGCUGAAAUUGGGCUUCACAAUGUCUCGGAGGAACGAUAAUAUCAUCUGUUUCACCACUGGUAAUCAAGGAGUUCAUAGCAGGGAAAGAGACGGUUUCAUUCAGAUACGAAUCACGAGGGCAUCGAUUUGACCUACUACAAAUUGAAACUUGUGAACGCCGGAGAACUGAGCAAGGCGAGCGAUAACUUGGUAAGCACUUACACAAAAUUUAGAAGAAUUCCACACUUACAGAGUGCUCAAAUCGCGGCGGUCUACCGUUACGUCUCCACUCAUUCGGCGCACGACGACAACUUUCUGGUGAUUGUCCCUCAGAACAUAAAAAAUGUGCAGAACACAGGGGUAAGUGAAGCGGGAAAAGAGAAUGAAGACGUUGUUUUUGUUGUUGCAGAAAGAGAAACGGACGGGAUUCAUGGAGAAGCGGAAGGACGUCUAUUUGGACGAGUUCAUCAAGAACAAGCAGCACGACAAACCGCCCAAGUUUCGGUAUUGUCUAUUUAUUCCGGCAAAAUUCUCAUUAAAUUUUCAGACCCCGAAUCGCUGUGAAUUUCAUCUCUUCUCCCCGCCAAUCUUUCAUUUUCUUCGAGCCAUUUCCGUCGAAUUUCGCACAGAGCAUCGCUGGAAUUUACCAGAAACUGGCGAGUAUUUCUCAUCAGUCUUCUGAAUCCCUUUUCGAUGGUUUUGCAGAAAGAUAAGGAGCAUUCGAAGGACAGCUGA